AUGUCGACACCAUCCCUAUCCCUUGUGGUUUCACAAGCCAUGGCGAUUCUAGCAGGAAAUACUAGUGGAAUCAUCUUUGCCACUUACAAAAAACAGGCUAAAAACACCUUUCCAUCUCUCAAAAUAUGUCCCACUAAUACAUUUUCUAUCAUCUCAUGGAAGGUUUUGGCAAUCAACCAACUCUCCGACCCCGAUACAGGAGAGGAUGGCGCACACCCAGGCUCAGGCUUCGACCCAUGGGUGGUCAAAUUAGAGAUUCACCUCUGCCUCAACAGCAACUUAGGCAAACACCCUCAGCCUGUUGCUGUAUUACAGGGUGUCAACAUUACAACGGAUGAGUCCGGAGUAACCACCGUCGGCCAGGUGAUGGCCACCAUGCUACCUGCAUUGAAUCGAUGCCUGCAGCUCACCGAAGACAAGGGCUCAUGCCCCAGUCAAAACACAUCGACUUCCAAGUCAUGGUCCUCAGCGGCCAAUUGUAUCCACCUGGAAGAUAUGAAGGUAGCCAUGGAUGAAUGGCUAUCAGAUCAUUCUGAUGUAAUUGCAAAAUGGAGGGAGUUUGCUCACGCUAGUCAGGCAGCUGUCCUGGCCUGGCCAAUUUUCAUACUUGUCCAUGAAGCCCUAGUGCCGCUGAUUGCUGAAGUUGGCGGUGACAGAGGAUCAAAGGAUCGAAAAUAUUUACGGGAUGCGCUGAAAACACACGGGAUUGGAAAUCCUCAACUCCGAGCAGCAACCCUCAUCAUAGAGGCUGAAGAUUUACUCGAAAAUUGCCAUUUGAACCAUGUCAAAGCAGCUGUUGAUAUAUUACUGUGCACUCCUCUCAGCUCUGAACUGAACUAUUUGGAGUGUGAGGAUGCAGGUGUUUACUCUCGUUCGAUGAUUCCAGCUGGAGCUGGUCUGCAAUAUCAAAAGCUCCUUCGCUUCUCUCCUCACAUGAACACAAUACGCCCUGAUCGGAACGAUCAACCUUGUGAUCCCUUAGAUUUUUCUGCUCCUUUACCCCUUCCCACCUGGGAACUUAAGACAUGUUCAGUUCAGUUUUUAAAAGUCUAA